AUGGGGCGGCACCUCACACUGAUUGGGUGGACAUCCCUGGUGCUCCAGUUUCAACCCAUGCUGCCCAACUUGCAAACGGCAGCCCACGAGUGCGAGAAACGCGGGGUCUACCCGACUUGUUUGUCUCGACUAUUCCAGCCAAGCCUAUGCUCCGUCUCAUUUGAUGACGCGUUUCAGGGAUUUGACAUUGCCCGGCUGAACAAGACAGCCCGAUUGCUUCAAAGCACAACGACGCUGCGAGAAUUUGCCGGGUUUCAAGUUUUAUCAGGUGCAGAGUUUGAUAUGACCAGCGGUGUGGGCGAUGAUGGUGAGGAAAACGAGCUCGAGACGGAUGUGUAA